AUGACGACGCACUUGUACUCGACAGCUCGUACAAGCAGCGACUAUCAAGACGCGGCACUGAUCAACCUGUUGUGGUACUUAUUUGGGCGUGCCUCCGAUCUCUGCGUCGUGCGGAAGCAAAACAUUACGAUUGAUGGUGGUGGUGUUUUCUUUAUGAAGUUUAUCCGCAUGAAGACAAGGGAAGAGCUGGGGAUAUCGCUAUUUCCCGACAACGAGUUCCAAUCCUGCCCACCCCUUGCAAUCGGGCUAUUGCUAAUGUCUCAUGUUCGCCCCAUCCCCCGACCUCGUCGACAACCUGCCGCAACAAACAAAGAUGUCACCUGUGACCCUCGGUCUAGACGCACCGCUCAUCGAUCUUCUGGACAACCCUGGUGCCACUGUGCAAUCAAGCGCCAUCGACACCAAGGCUGCGCCAAGCUCUACGAUUCACUGCCACACAAGCAGCUUACCUCCCACUCAGUCCGUCGUGGCGACUCGCAGCAUGAGAACGCUGUUGAACACCUUUCUUCUCCGUGGAUAUUCGAUCGCGGCCUUUGUACUGUCAGUGCUACGAACAAGGCGUUUAACUAUGUGUUCAACACGUCGCUAGAAGAUCAUAAAGUCGCAAAGACCUUGAGCGGCUGGGCGCCAACAGACACCGUCAAACUUGCGAGCCUAUCAACGUUUGAUGUCCGCACGAAAGAGCAAAUCGACGCCGUGCUUGCAAUGGCCUCGCGCUUGGAGACGUGCGUUGUCGAGGCUGGGUGCGCCCUUGUUGACGUGCUUGCUUGGUCGUCGCACCUUGUUGAAGUCCAGGGAGCACUGACUGUGGCGUAUGCAUCUCACCAAGCCAUGGUCAUUGAACAUUUCAUCGAGAACGCAAGGCUCCAAAACGCUCGAAUGGACGUACUUGAAGCACACCUCAACUCAUCGUGUCAGCCGCAGCCAUCCAAGCCAACAACCGAGCUGCCGAACCCAAGGAGCCACGAACAUCAGCUAAUGCCGACCGUCCCCCAACGAAAGAAAUCCAGUACAACGCAUCCCAAUGCGACGUGGUUUGAGUGGUACGCACUGCAGCCUCGCCUGUGGGAAUCAAAAAAUGAGAAACAGAAGAAGUCAAAUUCAAAGCUACUCGUUGCGUUCAUGAAGCUGUUCCUCGAGCAUGGCUUCGUAUUAGACCCCAAAUCACCAACCUAUCGCGAUGACGUCAAUGCCGUCGGAAGGUCAGCCGAAAUCAACUUAUUGGGUUACCUUCCGGGGCGCGGCGUGGAAUUAAAUGAUCAAGCGCCGUUCUCAAGCACUUGCGCAUCUUGCAUCUAUGACCUCAACGACAAAAUCGUCCGGUAA